AUGUCACUGGAGAUGAUCCUACCUCCCUCCAGGACAUUUACUCCACACCUGAGGAAGGGUCUGAGGAUCUUAAAAUACCACAGCCACCCGAACCCAAACCACUCAAACCUCUGUCACCACCCAAAACACAGCCACUCAAACCCCAAACACUCAAACCUCUGUCACCUCCCAAAACACAGCCACUCAAACCCCAACCACUCAAACCUCAGCCACCCGAACCUCAGUCACUACCCGAACUACAGCCACUCAAACCCCAACCACUCAAACCCCAAACACUCAAACCUCUUCGCUCAAACCCCAACCACUCAAACCCAACAACCCAAACCCCAACCACUCAAACCUCAGUCACCACCCAAAACACAGCCACCCGAACCCCAACCAAUCAAACCCCAGUCACCACCCGAACCCCAACCACUCAAACCUCAGUCACCACCCAAACCUCAGUCACCACCCGAACCACAGCCACCUGAACCCCAACCACUCAAACCACAGCCACUCAAACCCCAAUCACCCGAACCCCAACUACUCAAACCCCAAUCACCCGAACCCCAACUACUCAAACCACAGCCACUCAAACCCCAACCACUCAAACCCCAACCACUCAAACCCCAACCACUCAAACCACAGCCACUCAAACCCCAACCACUCAAACCCCAACCACUCAAACCCCAACCACUCAAACCCCACCCACUCAAACCACAGCCACUCAAACCCCAACCACUCAAACCCCAACCACUCAAACCACAGCCACUCAAACCCCAGCCACCCGAACCCCAACCACUCAAACCACAGCCACCCGAACCCCAGCCACCUAAACCACAAAAACCCAAAAAACAAAAACAACCCAAGCAAUAACCACCCGAACCCCAGCACCAGUCGAACAUCAUAAAGUUUAAACACAGAUAAAAUUUUGAAAUUUCCAAAACUAAUAGUUUCACUGUUGAAAUAUUGAUAGAUUAUAAGUUUUUAAGCCCAAACCUCUAACACCAGCACCAGCGUCAC